CCGUGUUGUAUCGUCUAUCGGCAGACUGCCGUCUGCCAUAUUGAUGUUUGUUCUUGCUCGAAGAUGUAAUAAAUUUCUGUUGCGUCGUUGGGGUUCCAGUUCAUAAUGAAAAAUCUUUAAAAACACGAAUCAUGAAGACAAAAGUCCAAGCUCAACGCAAGUUCGCUCAAGGUGCCUAUGUGCCGCCUGCACUCAACGUCUCUGGCGGAGGAAUAGAUAGAAGGACUGAGAUAUCACCUAUAAAAGAAAAAAGUGUCUUCCAUAAUAAAACAUCAGCGAGGUCGCUGUUGGAUAUCGUAGCGUUUAAAAAUUUACACAAACACGCCCAACCUAUAGUAUUGUUGGAACGGCUAGAAAACAGUCAUCCUUUGUGCUCAAAGGAUCGAUCAAAUCCAAUAGCCUUGGCCAAACCAUCAGGCGUUACGAUAAACAAAACAAGCCAUGAACCGAUCCCACCAGUAUCCAACGCAACACAUAGCUCGCCCAUGUCACGUGACAGAACCAGGAACGCUAGGAUCAUUACGCCCAGGCUACCCAUGCACUUGAGAUCGAGGGUAGUCACAUACGGCGAGAGAAAGAAAGUCUUGGUCUCCAAGAAGAAGAACUUUGAGAAUCGCGAGAAGAAUAUUGUUAAAAUACGGAAUUCACGUGAAUUGAGAAAGAAGAAACGACCCGACAAUUAUUCUGACGACUUCUCCAUUGACGACGACAAGCCUCUAAUGUUCUUCAGACAAAAGUCGUUGAGCUUAAAGAAAGAUGCAUCUAUGAAGCAAAGAAAGAUCAAUAAUAAACGCCCAAAGUCAGUUAAAAACUCCGAGCCAAAACCUAGAAAUAAGACUAAAAUUGUACGACCUGGCCUAAAUCUGCAAGGUAAAGAUGCAGUGAAACGUAGUUCGUCGUGUUUAGAUCAAAGCGCAGUACAAGGACCAGCGUCGUGCAGAACGAAUAUAGACCCCAUACCAGGGCUACCGUCCUCCAAUAAAAAUAUUAGCCCUAUCCUGGAAGCAGCGCCUUCCACUAAAGACGUAAUCCCUGUCCCAGAAACUUCGCCGACCACUACAAAAACUAACCCCGUUUCUGGUCUGCCAACACGCAACACCAAUACAAAUACUACACCACUGUCAUCACAAGCUGUCAUCACAAGCAACAACAAAGAGGAGGGACAAAAUCUUGGACCAUCAUUUCCAAAUAAAAACGUGGACUUUGUUCCUGGAACGGUAACACCAAAUGUAAAUGCGAAUCUUAUUAAUGUGCUUUCGACGUCCAAUUUGAUAGUGGACGCGAAUGUUAGACCAGCAUUCGCUGGUAUGAACAUGGACACGAGCGGCGGUCAAGUACCAGACAAAAUAGACGUGAACCCUUACUCCUGGCCCGCCUCCCAUAUGAAUAUGGAAACUAUUCCUGUGCAAACAUUCCCUAAUGGAAAUAUGGGACCCAUUCCGGUAACGUCCCCACCCGGUAUCAAUGUGAACCCCAUUACGGGACCACAGUCACAGAUAUACGUGGUGAAUGUACCGGGUUCAUCGUCAAAUAUAUAUGUGGUCCCCGUCCCGGGUGCAUCAACCUUUGCAUAUGCGACCCCCGUCCCAGCACCGACAUCGACGAAUUUAUACGUGGACAGUAUCCCCGGGCCAUCGUCACUGAACAUAUACAAAGAUCCUUUACCAGGGCCGUCAUGCACGGGCGUGUAUGCCGUCGCUACUUCAGCUCCGUCCACAAAUAUUUGUUCAGACAAUGACCGAGGCCCUUCGUCAUCAAAUAUUUAUACGGGCAAUGUCUCUGAGCCGUCAGCAUCAAUGCCAUGCGCAACGUCUGGUUCAUUGCCAUCAUGCCUAAAUACUCACCCAGCCCUAGCAUCAGGUUGUUCAUCUCCGAACGCAUCCACAGCCUCCACUGCCAGUUCACCAUCCUCAAAUCAAGUGCCGACAGCUUCUUCGUCAGAAAUUUAUUCGCAUCCCGUCCCAGGAACUUCAAGUUCCAGUGUAUGUUCAGACCCCAUCCCGAAUACAUCCUCAAUCGGACGUAACAAAAGAACCACAGCAAAGCAGAGACGGAAGUCGUCUACGAAGUCAGCAUCAUCAUUAACAAGGAUUUCAGAACAACCAAUGGCGCUGAGAGCACCGUUUUAUGGAAUAAAGAUGAUCGAGACCUGGUUGUCAUCAGAUUUUAGGGUGGUCACUGCACCACCACCACCGCCACCGCCUAAGAAGAAGUCCAACGACCCAUCAGAAGCCAGAGGGGUAACUAUGUCCCCAGAACCUGAAAUUGACGAGACUGAGCAAUGUAUCGGGGCAAAAUUUUCAACUAUAAAGGACAUCAUAAACUACGGCCCGAGCUAUUUCGAUUGCCUGUGUCUGCAAUGUGACCAUUGCAAUUAUAUUUAUAAAAUGUUGAAUAAGUAUAAACAGGAUUCCAGUGCAGCCAGACAUGUAGAGGUCGGGAUGAGGAAGCGGAAACACGAGGAAUCCUUGACCGUGGAGCGUCAAGAAGCGUCGGAUUCCAUGGUCAUCGAGGUUUCAGACAGUGAGGAUAUAAAUACGAUCGACCUUACCGGUGACACCGAUGACCUCAUGCAAGAUAGUGAAGCUUCAAACUGCUCUCCAAAGCCAGCUAACAGUAGCAACCCGCAGCCAGAGAAUGGCAGCCAGCAGAAUGAAGCGCAACGCGAUUCACCAGGUGAAAGGUUGCAGAAUCAAUUAGCAAGGAAUCUAGCGCAGCGGAUACAAACACAACAGAGCCAAAGACGAAUUCAACAGAGGCAGAGACAGCGUGUCGGCCGACAGGCGGGUUCCUCGUUACGUGGCCGACAGAGAAUUGUACCGAGGGCGGUCCAGCGGCCAUUGAGGCGGGUAGUUGUUAAUAAAGUUGUGAACAGGAGAUCGCUAACGAGGUACUCAUACCAGACGAGCAAGCACUCUGAUAACGUGUCCAGGAUACUGCGAGACAAGAUCAUCACCGCUCCCGUGUUCUAUCCGACUCUAGAGGAAUUUUCGGAUCCCAUGGCCUAUCUCGAGAAGAUUAUGAAAUUUACGAAGAAAUACGGUAUCUUCAAACUAGUGGCGCCAGACGAAUAUGAACCCACUUGUACUAUAUCCGAGAACUUUAAAUUCAGUACAUCCCAUCAAUACAUAGCUCGGUUCUUCAAUCGCUGGGGUCCCGCUGCUAGGGAACUAUGUACCAUGAGGGCUUAUUUAGCUACACAGAACGUUCAUUUCAAACGAGGGCCUUUGCUAGGUGGUCUAGAGGUCGAUCUGCCCAAAGUGUUCCAUAUCGUCCAAAGACUGGGCGGCUUAAAGACUGUCAUGGACAAAAAGAAAUGGCAUCGCAUCGCCGAAGAAUUGAACCUUAGAAAUUUACGUAACCCAGAGAAGAAGUUUGAUAAUUUAUUCCUAAAGUACUUGUUGCCAUACAACAGUCUGACUAAAAGAGAACGGCAGGACAUGAUGAUGAAGGUGGAACAGAGGUGGAUCAAGAAGAACAAUAGACUGAUGAAGCGUGUCGUGAACCCGCUGUACCGGCAGAAACGUAUGCUGGGAGAGAUUGAGUCGUCCGACGAGGAAGCCGAGGACGAGGACUAUCUCACAGAGGCGCUCAAUCUCGCCGAAGACUGUAGUCAACUAGGACGGAAGAUGGGUCUCGAGGCCUUCAAGAAGAUUGCCGGAACCGCAUUCAAUAUGUACUUCCCGGAUGAGAAGGCUCAGCCCACUGUAGCUGAGAUCGAGGAGAAGUAUUGGAACAUUGUGCUGCUGGGCACCCAGCAUGUGUCGGUUAACACGGCAUUCAUAGAGAGCGGCGUAGAAGGAAACAUAUCACCCAAAAGCAAGACGAGUGAUGCUAUCACCACCAGCCCCUGGUAUUUGAAGAAUCUGAGUACCGACAAGAGUAAUGUCCUACGCUUGCUCGGCUCGUUGGCUGGUAUGACAGUGCCGUCGCUCCACGUGGGGAUGGUGUUUUCAACCAGUUGCUGGCACCGCGACCCCCAUGGGUUACCAUGGAUGGAUUACUUGCACCAAGGGACAGAGAAGAUAUGGUACGGAGUACCCAGCCACGAAGGGCAGAACUUCCGUUGCGCUCUGGAAACUCUCUGCCCUACUCUGUGCCAGAACAAAACUUUGUGGCUACCCUCCGAGAUCGCAAUGACACCGCUCAACCUCCUGUUAGACCGCAACAUCAAACUGACACGCUGCGUACAGCGGCCGGGCGAAUUCGUGUUCGUCAACCCCCAGGCGUAUUCUAGUUCGGUGUCCACUGACUUCACUGUUUCGGAGAGCGUUUACUUCGCUACCGAGUCCUAUUUCGAAAACGUCAAUCAGGCCUUCCAGGAGUUGAAGGAGAGCUGCGAGCCGUCGUCGUUUUCGCUGGAACAGCUGCUGAUAUCCGCGGCCAAGGAUCCGCAUCUAUCACCGAACGUUCUGGAACACGUCAACAAACAUCUCAACGACAUAGUGUCCGAAGAGCUCUCCUUCAGGAGGGCGCUCACCGACCUCAAAGUACCGUUGCUGCUGAAUAAAAACCGUCCAACAAUAUGGAGUGCUCGUGAUGACGAUGAAUGCCAAGUCUGCAGGACGGCGUUGUAUUUGUCGCGUGUAACGGGACUUUUUAAGAACGCCUCCGUGUGUCUGCAACACGCUCUGAGACUGAUCAACUUGAAAAAAGGGGCCGAGCUGAAGGCGUUGAUAGCGACCCUCGCGAUGGAAGUGACGAUAAGCAAUCAAGAGCUACACGACAUCGUCGUUAAACUGCAGAGGAGACUGUCGCAGAGAGCGAAGUGAUGUGCAGUGAUAGGGAUUGGUUAGGGCACUACACGCGCUACUCUAGGCGAGCUGUCAAAGAUUUCACUAUACAAAAUAGUUAAAAAAAAAAAUUUAUACGUCAAAUUAUCCCCAGUUUGAAUAUCACACUAAACACUCAGCGUUUUAACUAUCUAGAUCACAAACCUACCUAUCGUGUUAAAGUAUAACAAAAAACUGGUAACUCUGCGUGUGUAGUAUGCCAUAAUGAUAAUUUGUAUUGAAAUUUCAUAUCUCUUAUAUACAAACCUGGCAAUGAUUGUUUAUGUAUAGGAAUAUAUAAGAUCCGUGCCUAUGUGACAACCCUUAUAUAUAUAUAUAUAUUAAUUUUAUUUCGCAUGAAGAAACGCGCUCUGAAUUUACGAAGUCAAGACAAAAAAAUAUUUAGUGCCAUCGAAUUUAGAACUGAGCGUACACAAUAAGUUAACUAGCUUGUAAGACGUACAAUUAUUUUGCUUUAAUUAUUAAUUAGGUAUAAAUUAUUUAAUUAUUAAUUGUCCUAGAUCUUUGUAAUAUCACAUGGAUGUCAUCUCUACUGUAUAAGCUAAGAAUGUACUUUUGUUUCGGUAUUCGAUCACUUAGUUUAAUGAACAAAAAAAAUUAAAUUAUUUUGUUUGACUUAGACUUAGUCUUAGUACUGUUUGAUGUCAGACAUCUUCACCUACAACAUCAGCUUCUGAUAUAACGUAAAUUAACGAAUUAUGUAAUGAAAUGGUGUGUUAAAAAAUAUAUUACAAAGGGUUCGUUAAUUAAAAGCGUGUGUGUUGUGUGAGGGAGUGUACAUUGUAAGUGUGUAAUAGUUAUUAAUGAUAUUUGCCAAGGAAAUGAUCGGACGCUGAUCAGAAGACAACCCGCCGGAAACAUUAGUGGGGCUGAUUGUACCCGGGGGUGCUGAGGACGAGCGUCACCCGGACAUGCCGUACCCUUAGUACGAAUUGAUUGAAUUAUUUUAAAGUAUAUUUUUUUGCGUCCCGCCAUCCCCAACGUGGUACACGCAGCGUCCAAUAAUGUUUUAAAUUUAAAGAUUUUUUUGUGAGUGCACACAGUCAGUUUGUGAGUUUGGAAGCGUUUUACUUACUGUACGAUAUCGAUAAGCAUUGAACUGAAUAUUUUUUUAUUAUAAUUAAGAAAAAACCUUAUAUGAUCUCCUUGAUGGUUUUAAAUUUAUAUUCGAUGUAGUUUAGAAAACAAAAGAGAAAGGCUGAAAAUCGUAUUUUAGAGGAUUUCAUGGUAGGGAUGCAGGAUAGUAUCAGCGGCUACUGUCCUGUACGCACUGGUUCUGACCAAAGUCGGCUGUAAUUAUGUUAUGAUUUGACAAGGCCUUAAACCGUAGGUACUUUAAAUGUAAGACAAAAUAGUAUUGUGACAUUAUUUUUUUUUUUUUUUGAAAAUUUAUAACGAUUGAAAAAAAAAUACUACUGUAUUGUAAACGUUGCAUCCCACAGGGUAAGCUCUAGGCUCCUUAAGAUAAGACGAAGGUGUGACCUUCGUACUUCUGUGUAACAGGCGUGGAGGCGGAGUCUACGAUUAAAAUUAAAUAAUACCGACUAUAAGAAAUUAUUUUUAAAUUUUUAUCAGAAUUUAUAAGGAUUUGUUUACAUCACAGACAUCGCAGAGUAAUGUUGUACAUACACAGGCCGGAUUGCGAGUAUCUUUUUUCAUUGAUGCAUUUCGAUAAAUAAAAACGAUUAUAUUUAAUCCUUGUUAUUUCAGUUUCCUAGCAACCAUUCAUGUUUAUAGUUAAAGUAUUUUAGUGCAGAUCAAUUACUUAUCAACAACUCAAAUUGUAUAUAUAUAUAUAUAUAUAUAUAUAUAUAUAUAUAUAUAAAGCCGCCUCGCCGAUGUAUUUGAUUAAUUAAUAGCGCUUCAAUAGGGCCUCGAAAAUCAAAUUACCCCUGCCCACCGGCCGUCUAGGCGAGGACGGUCGAUCAAUGAUUUAAAACAUGCGCAAAUAAACUACAGGGCGUGGGUUUAGUUUGAAUAAGCUAUUUUAAGUGUGUACUAGCCUUUAUUUAUCGAUAGCGUUCCUAACCCAUAAGCUGGGCUGUAAUGUCACAUGUUCUCACUCUUUGAAAGUAUUGAAUAUAGUAUCGAGAAAAAUAUAUAUUUUUGGCUUUUUAUUCCGUUUUAAAAAUAAAAACAUUUACCAAAUCA